UACCUGCGUGUCCCGAUGUUAUGGUCUGGCACAUUUUAACGAAUAUAACAAGUUGAACGGAUCGUUAUGGAGCUGCUAUCAUUUGGUAUAGGUUUCGAAAUAGCCAAUUAUGAUCAUCAAAUUGAGUGAACACCGCAGUUUGGAACUAAAAGUAAGCUGAGGUAACGCUGUUUUGGGGAACAGCUAAAUGCUACUUAGCCUGUUAGCUCCCAUUACGCCCCCAGUUCUUUCUUAUUAGAAAAAUGUGGCCAAUUUAGAAUUCUGCAGUCGUGUUUGAAUUGAGGUUAACAUGAACCAGCAACACUCCCACAAUUCCAGCUUCCAGCACCAGCGGCAAACAUUCACGAGACGGAGAGAUGAUGGCGAACAAAAUGACAGGGGACAUAAAUUUUCCAAAUCAGACCACCACCUCUCCGAGUCAACAACUCGGCAAACAACACCCAGCACUCAGACUUUAAGCACCAGAAAGGAACUUUACGAAAGAGACUUCCCCUUGUACAAGCAACCUGUCGAACUCGGUUUCUUUUCUCUCGACUCCGAGCGCAGUUUUUUUAACGACAGCAGGCAGAUGAGGUACUACGCGGAACCUGAUAAAUGCCCACAUUUUGACCUAAGGGAUGGAUAUAGAGACCGUUACAUAAAGAGGGAUGACAGCGUGAAGGAAAAGCUAGACCACAUCCUGCGUUGGAUCUUGGCGAACAGACAUAAGCUCACACGGAAGGCGGAGAAGUCAUCUUCAUCAGGUUUGGAAGUGGACUUUGUGACGUGGCGAGGCCAUUUGACCAAACUACUGACCACACCAUACGAAAUGCGAGAGGGCUGGUUGCUGGCCGUCACCAGGUUCAAGGGAAGCCUUUACAUCAGCGAAGUGGAAACGGACACCGCUCGCUGGGAUCGAGAGAAUCGCACUGAGAGGCACCAGGAGAUGAUGUACUGGGGGUACAAGUUUGAGCAGUACAUAUGUACAGACAAGAUGGAUGGUGACCCCGAUUCAAGCGGCGUGGUCAACACUAACGAGGCCUUCUGCACCGUGGUCCAAACACGUCUCUCGGAUCACAGGCUGCUGUUCUCAGGCGAGGUGGACUGCCGGGACAAAGAUCCAAACACUCCGGCUCCUCCGGCAUGCUACGUGGAGCUCAAGACAUCCGCGGAGAUCUGUACUCCCAAACAGCGGAGCAACUUUUACAGAUUUAAGCUACUCAAGUGGUGGGCACAGUCCUUCCUCCCUGGAGUCCCUCGCAUUGUAGCAGGUUUCCGGGAUGACAACGGAGUGGUCGUCUCCGUGGAGACCUUUCACAUCUCCAAGAUUUCGCGGCUCAUUAAAGCCGAGGACAAAUGUUGGAGGCCGACAGUCUGCAUGAACUUCUGCAGUGACUUCCUGUCUUUUGUCAAGAGUGUGGUGACUGAAGACAACCCGAAUGUGGUGUAUCUGUUCUGCUGGAACCCUCGCUGUGAUGUGACCUACUCAGUCCACAGAGACUCUCCUUAUUCCUUUUUGCCAAACUGGUACGUGAAGGAGAUGGGCUAAACAUUCUAACCCAAGAGAUUUCCUGGAUGCUUAACAAAGACUUUUCGUCCAUUUUUUUUUUUUUUUAAUUAAUCAUCUGUUCAACAAGUUCAAUGCUAACAAAUUUUCACACUGCAUUGCAUGAUUAGCACUGGAACAGGAAAAGUAUAUCUACCUUUGACUUUUAUACAGAACCCAGUGAUCCAGCAUAUGGCAAUCAGAUAACAGCAUCUGAAGUGUCAUCACAAAAGUGUGGGGAAUUAGCAUGUGAGGAAUAACAAAAUUUCACACUAAAUAUGAACCUUUUCAUGCAUCAAUUGUGAGGGCACUCAUUUAACUCAUUGGCUGUCAUUGAUGGCACUAGACAUCCAAUCUGUUUUGACUGGGAGGGGCGAAUUCACCGCUCUCAAGUCAAAAUGGACUACCGGUAGAUGUCUAGUGCCGUCGAUGGCCCUAAACAUGAGCACUGAGCCAGUCUUCCUAUUUUAAAUGAAUUGAAUGUCUAGCCUUGUCAAUAGCAGGCAAUGAGUUAAAUACUAUGAAAUAAAAAUUACUUUUAAAGCGUUACUUUGGGCCGCAACCAGUAUGUAUUACUGUUUAUAAAAAAUACAAUUCUGAUCAAUGUUUGUGCACACAGUUAACAUUUCUGUUCUCCUUAUUAUAGUUAGUUACCAGAUAGGAUAACUUCUGUCUGGUUAGCCUUUCUUUGCCCUGAACCAUGUAUUCCAUGUCUUGUAUGUCUAUGUCGCUUGCUUGCCCUCGCCUCCUUUUUGUUUUCCCUGAUACAGUGCCAUGCAAAAGUAUUCGGCCCCCUUGAACCUUGCAACCUUUCGCCACAUUUCAGGCUUCAAACAUAAAGAUAUAAAAUUUUAAUUUUUUGUCAAGAAUCAACAACAAGUGGGACACAAUCGUGAAGUGGAACAAAAUUUAUUGGAUAAUUUAAACUUUUUUAACAAAUAAAAAACUGAAAAGUGGGGCGUGCAAUAUUAUACGGCCCCCUUGCGUUAAUACUUUGUAGCGCCACCUUUUGCUCCACUUACAGCUGCAAGUCACUUGGGGUAUGCUUCUAUCAGUUUUGCACAUCGAGAGACUGACAUUCUUGCCCAUUCUUCCUUGCAAAACAGCUCGAGCUAAGUGAGGUUGGCUGGAGAGUGUUUGUGAACAGCAGUCUUCAGCUCUUUCCACAGAUUCUCGAUUGAAUUCAGGUCUGGACUUUGACUUGGCCAUUCUAACACCUGGAUACGUUUAUUUUUUAACCAUUCCAUUGUAGAUUUGGCUUUAUGUUUUGGAUCAUUGUCCUGUUGGAAGAUAAAUCUCCGUCCCAGUCUCAGGUCUUGUGCAGAUACCAACAGGUUUUCUUCCAGAAUGUUCCUGUAUUUGGCUGCAUCCAUCUUCCCGUCAAUUUUAACCAUCUUCCCUGUCCCUGCUGAAGAAAAGCAGGCCCAAACCAUGAUGCUGCCACCACCAUGUUUGACAGUGGGGAUGGUGUGUUCAGGGUGAUGAGCUGUGUUGCUUUUACGCCAAACAUAUCGUUUUGCAUUGUGGCCAAAAAGUUCAAUUUUGGUUUCAUCUGACCAGAGCGCUUCUUCCACAUGUUUGGUGUGUCUCCCAGGUGGCUUGUGGCAAACUUUAAACGAGACUUUUUAUGGAUAUCUUUGAGAAAUGGCUUUCUUCUUGCCACUCUUCCAUAAAGGCCAGAUUUGUGCAGUGUACGACUGAUUGUUGUCCUAUGGACAGACUCUCCCACCUCAGCUGUAGAUCUCUGCAGUUCAUCCAGAGUUAUCAUGGGCCUCUUGGCUGCAUCUCUGAUCAGUUUUCUCCUUGUUUGAGAAGAAAGUUUGGAAGGACGGCCGGGUCUUGGUAGAUUUGCAGUGGUCUGAUGCUCCUUCCAUUUCAAUAUGAUGGCUUGCACAGUGCUCCUUGAGAUGUUUAAAGCUUGGGAAAUCUUUUUGUAUCCAAAUCCGGCUUUAAACUUCUCCACAACAGUAUCUCGGACCUGCCUGGUGUGUUCCUUGGUUUUCAUGAUGCUCUCUGCACUUUAAACAGAACCCUGAGACUAUCACAGAGCAGGUGCAUUUAUACGGAGACUUGAUUACACACAGGUGGAUUCUAUUUAUCAUCAUCGGUCAUUUAGGACAACAUUGGAUCAUUCAGAGAUCCUCACUGAACUUCUGGAGUGAGUUUGCUGCACUGAAAGUAAAGGGGCCGAAUAAUAUAGCACGCCCCACUUUUCAGUUUUUUGUUAAAAAAGUUUAAAUUAUCCAAUAAAUGU